UUCGAUUUUUAGUUGCACACGUCACUUAAUUAAACAUAAUACACACAUACAUAAAUACAACACGAAACGGAAUCUUGCCCAAAUCCCGAUACGAAUGCCAUUAGUUAAGCGGCAGAGGAGCAGUCUAGAAAAUGACAGCGAUCAAAAUAAAUUGGGUCUCUGUGGUCUGAGAAAUAUUGGAAAUACUUGUUUCAUGAACUCGGUCAUUCAAUGUCUGAGUCAUACGUCUGAGCUGAGUAGCUUUCUGCGUUCCCAUCAUGGAUCGUACCCAUCAUCAGGCAACAAGGAUCAGCAAAUAUUACAUGAAUUUGCCAAAUUGAUAAGUGAAAUGUGGACUGCAAAUGUGCGCAGUGUAGCUCCCAUGGAACUGAAGCGGGCAUUCUCCAGAAAACAUCGCAUGUUUAGUGAUUUCAAUCAACAGGAUGCCCAAGAGUUCUUACGUUUUUUCUUGGAUUCACUUCACCUGGCACUGAACACCGGAUCAAAGGGUGGAACACUUUACAUUGACGACAAAGUAAGCGACAAUAAGAAAGCUGAUCUCAUGUGGAAUUGGUAUAGCAGUCAUGAGAAUUCCCUUAUACGCGAUUUAUUUGUUGGUCAAUUGAAGAGCACUCUGAAAUGUUCCACUUGUGGCAAUACAAGUGUUACUUUUGACCCAUUUUGGGAUCUCAGUGUGCCUCUGCCCUUAUCAUCAACGCGUUGCAAACUGGACACUUGUCUGAAUCUUUUCAUAAAAGAGGAAGUUCUCGAUGGCAAUGACAUGCCAAACUGCUCCCGAUGCCAGGCGCGUAGGAAAUCCACGAAAAGUUUUACCAUUCAACGUUUUCCCAAGUAUUUGGUUAUACAUUUAAAACGUUUCUCGGGAACACGCUUCAGUAAGCUCUCCCAUCUAGUUGAAUUUCCCACAUCAGCUCGUGAGCUAGACAUGGGUUCUUAUGGAUCAAAUUCCAAUUCGAGUGCGCAAUAUUCACUAUAUGCCAUAUCCAAUCAUAUGGGCUCCACAGGUGGCGGUCAUUACGUGGCUCUUUGCAAGCAUCCUAUUUCUCACAAAUGGCAUGAGUUCAAUGAUAAUAUUGUAAGCGAUGCUUUGCCAGAAAGCUUUUUAGUUUCGCCUAGUGCCUACAUUUUAUUCUACGAGCGUGCGAAGUAGUAGCAUGUCAGAUGCAGGAUCAAACGGGGGAGGAAAUAUGACACAGAAGUAGCAACCAGAAUAUGUACAUAGACAGUUAAAUUUAGCCACAACUUGACAAUCAACUCUCGACACAUAACUUAAACCAAAGACAAUAAAAAAUACCAAAAUUUACAUUUA